AUGGAGUGCAUGCCAGCUAUCACAACCGUCUCCUUUGGUUCAUGCAAUUUUCAUAGCAUCACCGACAAAAUUGACGAAGUCGCACGACAUGGCUUCGGCGCGAUCGAGCUUUUCAUCGAUGACCUUGAGUCCCUCGCCAGGGCCAACGCCAACUUACCCGUCGACUCUGCCCCUUCCCGUGACGCUUUGCUAGCUGCCGCCCAUCAGAUCCGCCAGCAGUGCGACAGCUUAGAGGUUACCAUUCUCAACCUGCAACCGCUGCGCUUUUACGAGGGCCUCGUUGAUCGGGAAAAGCGCAACCAUAUUCUUGACGAAAUCAUUCCCACAUGGAUCGACGCAGUCAAGAUUCUUGGCGCAGACACGAUUCUGGUUCCUUCCAAUUUUCUACCUCCGAGCUCUGAGACCGACCUCCCUCAGACCACCGGCGACUUCGACACUAUCGUCGAGGAUCUCCGCGAACUGGCCGCACGAGGCGCCAAACACGAGCCUCCCAUCAAGUUUGCCUACGAGGCGCUGGCCUGGGGCACGCAUGUCAACACAUGGGAACAAUCCUGGAAAAUCGUGCAGGCUGUCGAUCGGUCCAACUUAGGUAUCGCCCUCGACACCUUCAAUAUCGCUGGUUCUAUCUACGCCGAUCCCACAACAGAGGACGGCCGCGUUACACAUACAUCCGAGGCCGAUCUGCGCAACUCAUUGAGCCGCAUGGCCUCUACAAUUGACCUCAAUAGACUCUUUAUCGUCCAGAUAGCCGAUGGCGAGCGACUCAGCCAGCCCCUUCUUCCAGGCCACCCUUUGUACGUCGCUGGCCAACCCAGUCGACUGACCUGGUCUCGUAACUGUCGGCUCUUCCCUUGCGAGUACGACCGUGGAGGCUUCCUGCCUGUCACCAGUAUAAUCCAGACUAUACUUGAUCUUGGCUGGACGGGGUAUUUUGCUUAUGAGGUAUUCUCGCGUUCAUUGACAGACAGUGAUCCACAGACACCAGCGAGGCAUGCGGAGAGAGCAAGGCGAUCUUGGCAACUACUCAGCCAGAUCGAAUGGCGCCAGAACAAGCAGCUAAAAAGCCCUGAUAGCUUCGAGUUAUCCAGAAUUUGA